GUUGCUUUCUGCUUGUUCUUCGGCCUCCAUUUCGGUAUGAACCUGGCCCUGCGCGUGGGCAAUUUCCAGCUUUUCGCCAUGAGUGGCUGGCUGGUGUCACUGCCCCGAGGAGCAUUGGACUUUAUGGAGGCCAGGCUUGCGCGCAGUUGCCCUAGUGCAGCUCGAGUGCUGAGCCCUCGCGCAGCUGCCAAGCCCAGAAUGCAGAACACUUUUCAUGGCUGCCUCCAGGUGCUGGGUUUCGGCAUUAUGCUGGCCACGCUUUCGGAGGGCUGCAGGUACCGGGCGGAGAAAUGCCCAAUGCUCCACGCUGCUCAGCGCGUGCCGAAGCUAGAUAAGCUGCUUGGAAAGCUGUCCCUACAUCAGCGCUGGAGCAUGUUCUCUCCCGAUGCCCCCUUCAAGUCUCUGCGAGUAGAGCUCUUUGGGAUUCUGGACGGGCCAAAGUGCCGCGGGGACCUGGAUGGCUACUGGCAGCAUUGCCCGGUCGUCGAGCUCUGGUCAGAGAAGGGCUAUCCCUCCUUUACGCCCAGCCGGCUGAACCUUCCGCACUGGAGUAACAUCUCGAUGCCUGCCCCCAAGAGAAUGGACUUCGCAACUAACCGCUGGAGGAAAUUGGUGGAGGACGUGGACCACAGCUUUGGGCUCGGAGGGUAUUCCUGCCUGCAGUGGAGGGCAAGUGCAUCACCCGUUAAGUUGUUGGGCGUUUGGCUCGUCAGAGCACGCUCGCAGUCUCCAGAGGGCCAGGAGACUUUCGUUGGCGCUUUUCGGCACUGGUGCGAAGCAGACGCCAAACCGCUCAUGAAGAGUUUGCCACGACCAUCCUGGGUCAGCUAG